AUGGUCCAUCCCGGGCUCCUCCCCCGGGGCGGAGCCAUCGGCACAAAAGCCACCCCCAACAAGCUGGGACACGCCACAACACGCCAGGACACGGCACGGACACGGCACGGACACGCCAAGGACACGCCAGGGACGGGAGGAGGAGCCGGAGGGCAGGAUGAGGACAGGAUCAUCGGGGGGUACCCCUGUGUCCCCCAUUCCCAGCCGUGGCAGGUCUACAUCUACAGCCCCGUGCGCUGCGGUGGGAUCCUCCUCAGGGACAACUGGGUCCUCUCGGCCGCCCACUGCAACAGCAGGGGCAUCCGCCUCCGCCUGGGCGAGAACGACCUGCAGCAGCAGGAGGGGACGGAGCAGAACCGCCUGGUGGCCAAGGCCAUUCCCCACCCGUCCUUCAACCCCACCACCCUGGACAACGACCUCCUGCUCCUCAAGCUCGACCGACCCGUGGGGCUGGGCCGCGCCGUGCGGCCCCUGGCCCUGCCCCGCGCCUGCGCCCCCCCCGGCACCACCUGCCUGGUCUCAGGGUGGGGAACCAUCACCAGCCCCCAAGUGACCCUCCCGCGGCACCUGAUCUGCGCCUACGUGGACAUCCUGCCCGACGCCGCCUGCCGCCGGGCCUACCCGCAGCGCGUCACUCCCAACAUGCUUUGCGCCGGGGUGCGCAACCAGCGCAUCGACUCCUGCCAGGGUGACUCUGGGGGGCCCCUGUCCUGCAACGGGACCCUCCAGGGCAUCGUGUCCUGGGGGCUGCAGACGUGUGCCCUGCCCGGGCGCCCCGGGGUCUACACCCGCGUCUGCAACUACGUGGGAUGGAUCGAGAACACCAUGAACCGCAACUAGGACACGCCAAGGACACGUUAACAACACGCUAAGGACACGGGACAUGGAGCUGGACCACAACGAGGGACCUACAUGGA